AAAUUAAUUUGUUUCUUUAGACUCUUGACCUAGCCAAAUUUCCCGGCGACCGUAGACGUCAAUGGAUUCCGACGUGACGAUGGUUCCGGCCAGUGACGCAUCUAGUCUUCCAGGACCUUCUUCAUCUUCAGCCGUGGCCUCUUCUUCUUCGAAGAAACCCAAGCGUUUUGAAAUCAAGAAGUGGAACGCUGUCGCACUUUGGGCUUGGGAUAUCGUGGUUGACAAUUGCGCGAUCUGUAGAAACCACAUCAUGGAUCUAUGUAUCGAGUGCCAAGCUAAUCAGGCCAGCGCUACUAGCGAGGAGUGUACUGUGGCUUGGGGUGUAUGUAACCAUGCUUUCCAUUUCCACUGCAUUAGCCGCUGGCUAAAAACACGUCAAGUUUGCCCUCUUGAUAAUAGCGAGUGGGAGUUCCAGAAAUACGGUCACUAGAUAAUGGCAGCGGGCAUUUGCUAAUGGAAAUACUUGUAUUUUUGUUAAUGUCGUAAUGAAGGAAUAUCAUGGGAUUGUGUAAUUUGUAGCAUGUUUUAAAGUUUUUUAUGCAAAGAAUCUAAAAUCAACUAGAAAAA